GUUUCAUGGAACAAUUGAGUAAAAUAUCAUCGUAUAUUCCAAAUUUAAAUUAAAAGGAUAGCUUCUCCUCCUAUAUUUACAAAUACAAUUAUGUUCUCGAAACCGCCAAAUUUAUUACCAAUGGAACAAAAGCAGAACAUUUCGUUACCGGAAAAUCUUACAAUCGAACAGCAGCAACAUCAACACUACGCUUUAAAAUGGAGCGAAUUUCAAUCAUCUAUUUUAAAUUGCUUUCAACGUUUACGUGAUGAAGAAGACUUCGUGGACGUUACUUUAACUUGUGAUGAGAAAUCCUUUACUGCUCAUAGGGUAGUGCUUAGUGCCUGUAGUCCAUACUUCCGUAAAUUGUUGAAGUCAAAUCCAUGCAAACAUCCUAUUGUUAUUUUAAAAGAUGUUCGCUCAGAAAACCUGGAGUGUAUUUUAAGCUUCAUGUACAAUGGUGAGGUGAACCUAAGGCAUGAUCAACUGCCCGAGUUCCUGAAAACUGCGAAUUUAUUGCAAAUUAGGGGUUUAACCGACGUUUCUGAAAGUUUGAAUUCUUCGGGAUUUAUUUCUUUAGCGACAAACAAACGCAGUUUUGAUAGAGAUGCAUCCAAAGAAGAUCCUGCCGAAAAAUGCAGUUUUAUUCCAAAAUAUAAACCAACUUCUGAACGACCUUAUAUAUCCACACUGGAGGCCAACUAUAGCAACAAUAAUAACAAUAACCUCCCGCCUAUGAAGGAAACUAAAACUUCAACCACAUUUUCUGUGCUUUUAUGGACAUUUCGUUCAGCCAAGAAUCUCCUAAGUAAAUUUAAAAAUAUCAAAGCUGGUCUCCGCAAAGGCUACGCCGCGAGUAAACUGUCGCGUCAGCUCACCGGCGGCGGCAAGCCUCCACCCGAUAUUGACCAGCAACUAAGCGGCAAUAAGCAAGACUUACAUGCUGCGAUUGCGCUAACAAUCGAAGGUCUCGUGCCAAAUUUCGACGAUAACGAUGAAGCCCAGUUCGCCACAGCAGACUCUGAGCCCUAUUUCGAAACACGCCCCGAUAACGUCGACGCCAGCAAUGACACAACGGAGCUUUUUCUCGAUAUUAUCCAAAUGACAGAUGAAGAGAACGAUCCACAAAAUACCAGAACCAUAAAUCUCUCUGAGAUGCAAAGUACAAGUAGAGUAAAUCUUCCUGAGACGCAAAAUAAAAGCAGUGUGAAUACCUCUGAGGCACACAGCGCAAAUCUUAAAACUGAUUCCAACAAUAAUAGUAGUGAUAAACAAGAGAGCGAGAUACAAUCGCAUCCAACGCACGCACUUAUCCGGAAGAACAAAAAAACUCGCAGGAUGGCCAUUGCUCAGUCGAACCCUGCUAACGACAACGCCAAGUGUGCGGUAAUUGCCAAAGCGGCUUUCUUUCAGAACGAAGAAAAGCGAGAUUCUGAACGACAUGAACUGCAAAUGCAAUUGUGGCGUGCAGAGCGCGAGGAGAAGAGUACAGUGCACGAAAUAUGUUUAGAGGAGCAUCGUUUACGCAUCGAAUUAUUGACUGCCCAAAUUGAGAGCGUAAAACGCAAGCGCACGAAUUUCUCGGAAAACGAAAUUUGA